AUGUCUCACCAUGUGGCUACAGCAUCGUUUGCCGAUAAUCUGCAACUGACCACAGUUCAGCAUUUUGGUGCAUCUCAGGCAGAAUUCGGAUCCUGGCAAGUUCGAGUGACAGGGGCCGCCAGUGAGGCCUCCGCAGCCCUGGGGCCUGGCGAAGCAGCGGCUUCAGUGCCGCAGGCCUUGGAGGAAGCCGGUCAGGUCCUGAAGGUAAGCGAGACGGAGGCCACCCUUCUGACUUUGCGGCUUUCUGACGAGCAGCAGCUGCGAUGGAAGUCCUUGCAGGAGGAGAUGCCCGAUCUUUUCCAGAAGAGGAUGAGUUCGGACAACGAGGCCAGAUGGAGAAAGCUCUUCAGUGCAGCUGCCCAGAAGUUUCGCCGUGGGCCCCUCAUAGGGUCCUCUGCCGAGGAGUCAGGACUGCCACUGGAGCAGACCUUUGCCGCAACCCUCUACGACUGCAUCUUGGAACACCGUCAAAGCUGUGGCGAUCAGGCAGAGCUCACCAUUGAUGUCCUGGGAUGCCGCCCAGCUCUGGAAUUGGAUGACCCUCUUUGCGCGUUGGCCGCCAUCAUCAAG